UAGAAAUAAAAUGUCAAAGGACACGCUACGUCAUUAGAGUGCGCGCUGGUUUCAGAGAGGAGGUAGGCAGAUGCCUCUUCGAAACAAUAGUCAACUGUCGUCUGCUUACGACCCGUUUUUCCUCUCAUUCUGCUGAAGAGCAGCUGCUGGGAUGCCAAAGAAGUUCCAGGGCGAGAACUCCAAGGCGGCCACAGCCAAAGCCCGCAAGGCCGAGGCCAAGGCAGUGGCAGACGCCCGCAAGAAGCAGCAGGAAGAGGAUGCUCUAUGGCAGGAAACCGACAAACAUGUUCUCAAAAAAGGACAGAGAAAGGAUGAAAAGGAAAAGAAGAGGCUCGAGCUUCUGGAGAGGAAAAAGGAAAACCAACGACUUCUGGAUGAGGAGAGCUCUAGCAUAAAAGGCAGAGCCCAGAGGGAGGCUGGACCUGGAGGAAAAGUGACUCGUGCCCAGAUCGACGAGGUGCUUCAGAACGAGCUCAAGCAACAGCAGGAGCUAGAGCUCAAACCGAAAGAAAAGAGCCAUCUGGAGAUUCCACUGGAGGAGAACGUGAACAGAAUUAUCCUUGAUGAAGGAACCGUGGAAGCCAGAACAAUAGAAGAUGCCAUCGCUGUGCUCAGCACUGGGCCUGAGGACUUGGAUCACCACCCGGAGCGGAGGAUGAAAGCAGCGUUUGCCGCCUACGAGGAGGCCAACAUGCCUCGCUUAAAACAGGAGAACCCCAACAUGAGGCUGUCGCAGCUGAAGCAAAUGUUGAAGAAGGAGUGGAUGAAGUCGCCAGAGAACCCCCUGAACCAAUGCUUUGCCACCUACAACUCGAAGUGAAUGCACUCUUUCCCCUCAUAACCCCAUUUGAGAACUGUCUGCCUAUGCACAUAGGAGGCUACCAAUGAAAAUUUGAAAAGAAGAAUUGAAAAACGAGUGUUGCUAAUAAGAGUUUCACCACUUCCCGCCCAGAAACAAUCUCUCCAAUGCCAGAUGAGCUUGGUUGUUCCAUUGACUAGCAAGGAGAAGCUCAUUUUCCCUUAUCGAGGUCACACAUGAUGCCUCUGCACGUGGCCUUGAAUGUGGCACUUCAGCAUCCAAUACAUUUAAUUAUAUAUAUUUUUUCCUAGCACCUUGUGGGGAGGUGGGAAGCCAGAUGUUUUGAGAGCAACUUAUUAAAGUUCACCACUCGAUCAUCAA